UACCAUUUAAAAUGAUUGCUGCUCGUAUGAAUCGUAUGCUCUUCGCUAGUGCAUUGUCAUCUGCGAAGAUGCUGCCUCAGUUGAGAUGCUUUGCCUCGGCUGCCGACAAGCUCAUUUACAUCAAGGACGAUGCCACUUAUCAUGAGCUUCGAAAGGGCGACAAACCUUGCAUUAUGAACUUUUCUGCUUCGUGGUGCCGCCCUUGUAAGAUGAUGGCUCCUAUGUUCGCGCAAUUGAGUGCCACCAAUGAUCAUGUCAACUUUGUCAAGAUUGACGUAGAUGCGAGCCCGAAGUUAUCUAACGAGGAGAAAAUCACUAGCGUGCCUACUUACAAGCUGUACAAGGCAGACAAGCUGAUUUCUCAGUUCGCUGGUGCUGAUGUGAACCAGCUUCAAAUCAUGAUCGGUCAGGCAAAGUCAGCUUAAUUCGUAACUAGAUUUUGUU